UCCCGGCUCAAGAACCUGUCCCGCCGCAAGCGACUUUGGGCUGCACACCGCAUCCCUGCACCGCUGCAUCUCCGGAUUGCACUCGCAGCAUGCGCAUUCCCCAGAGCCGGCCCUUUCUCUGGGCCGACAACGACGAUGCUCGCCCGCUGCAUCCACGAGCAUCGUCGCUGCCACAUCGCCGUGAUGUCGCCUGCCUCGCUGUGAGCUAUCGCCACGUGACCCUCCUGCCAAGGAUCGGCUCGGAAACAUCAGCCCACAAUCCGUUUCGUCCGCCUCUCCGCUUCUCAGCAUUGUGCAUACCAGCAUGUCCAACAGCACCGAGCAAUCCUUCCGCGACUCGCUCCGCAACUUCAAUCAGAGCCGGGCCUCCAAUCGCCCGACUGGCUCUCCCAUCAUCCGGCUGUUCACCGACGGCAGCAGCAGCAGCAGUUCGGCGGCUGCCCAGGACGAUACCUCGGCGUUUUCGAGCCUCCUUGGAUCUGUCCGCACCGGUGCCCAGAAUGCCCUUUCAAGCGUCGGGCUCGUUAACUCGGCGGAGCAGGAGGAAAGCUUCUUCGGCUUGACCUGGACGCAGCGAUGUAUUGGAUUUGCAAUCUGCAUGGCUGCUGCAGGUUUCUCUUUUCUGCUGGCAUUUGUUACUCUCGGCCUCAUCGCCAUUUCUCCUGGAAAGUUUGCAACCUCCUUUACCCUCGGAAGUCUCUUCUCUCUCUUUGGCGUGGCUCUCCUGAAGGGACCCUAUUCGCACUUCAAGCAUAUGAUCUCAAGCGAGCGACUGCCUUUUACAGUGGCCUAUGUCGGAACAAUGAUCGCGACGCUAUAUUUUGCUGUCGGGGUUCGGUCCUACUUCCUCACCCUCAUCUUCAGUAUUCUUCAGCUGGUGGCGCUCCUCUGGUACUUUGCUUCCUACAUUCCCGGCGGCACCAGCGGUCUCAGGUUUAUGGGACGGGCCGCUGGCGGUGCCAUUGGGCUGCCUGUCUGAGAAAGCGACAGCACUGCCCUCUUGGAACCCGUUGGGAUCAUGCAUCCCUCUCCAACAGCGAUAGUAGAAAUGCGCCCUGUUUGAGCGAUAUCGCAAGAGCAAUACAUUCUGUUGAGUCGCAA